AUGCUCCUGCUCCACCGAAGCCUCUGUGCUUCUCUCCGGAGCCCGUUUAUUGCUCCUGCCACUCGUGCAUUGUCGGUGUCCAUGGGCCGUUUCAAAAAGUACGAGAUGAUCAACAAAACGUACAGUGCGCCAGAGCUUCUCGAGUACAACGAUAAGGAUAUAACCUUGGAGGACCUCGAGAAAUUCCCGGCAUUCCACAAGAAAAUCGCUCAUUCUUUCAAAAAACUCGGUUACUCGCUGCUUACGCCCGUCCAGUCCAAAUCCAUCAUCCCCACCUUGUUGGAGGAGAAGGGUGUGGUCUGUAGAGCCAAGACCGGAACCGGUAAGACCAUGGCUUUCGUCAUUCCUACGCUUCAGACCGCCUUGGACUACCAUUUCGAGUCCAAGGAAGGCAUGGGCAAAAUCCACACCUUGAUCAUUGCCCCAACUAGAGAUUUGGCCAUCCAGAUCAAGGACGAGUAUUUCAAGAUCUUGAAGCAAGACAGAAGCUGGAGCAAGAUCAACGUCAAGCUUUGCAUUGGUGGAAGAAAAGAUAGCAUCAGGUAUGCCCCUGGCGUUCUUGUUGCCACUCCAGGCCGUUUGGAAGCCGAAUUGAGAAACCCUCGUGUGGCAGCCUUAUUCUCCGACUUGAAGUACAGAGUGUACGACGAAGCCGAUCGUUUGUUGGAGACUGGUUUUGAGGAGAGUUUGAUGAAUAUCGACCGUAUGCUUAGAGACGCCAGACAUAAGGCAUUGAACCGUUCGACCAAGAUGAAGUCGGUGCUUUUUUCUGCUACCGUCGAUGAAAGAGUGGAGGAUUUUGCCAGAGCUACCAUGGGCGACGAAUAUCGCUACAUCAACUGUGUUCCCGAGAACGAGCCUGAGGCCCACGAGAACAUCCACCAAACCUUGGUGAAGACGCACAAUUCGUACGAGCUGAUGGUUGCUGCUUUCAGCGACAUUUUCAGAAACUUCUCCAGCAAGCCCGACUUCAAGGCCAUCAUGUUCUUGCCCACGAAGUACGGAACCGACUUUGCUUAUGACAUCUUGCGUCAGGCCAAGCGUUUCGGUCUCAUUGAGAAAAAGAAUGCUUCUUUAUUGAGACUUCACGGUCAGAUGACUCAGGGCCAAAGAGACAAGGCUACCGCCGAAUUCAGAAGCUGUAAAUCUGGCCUUUUGGUUGCAACUGAUGUAGCUGCCAGAGGUAUGGAUUUCAAGAACGUCACCGACGUGAUCCAGCUCUGUCCAAGCAGUGAGGUUGCUGAUUACGUACACAAAGUUGGCAGAACUGCCAGAGCUGGCUCUAAGGGCAAUGCCACGCUUUACUUGUCGCAGGCCGAGGUGCCUUAUGCUAAUGCUUUGAGCAAAAAAUACGGUAUCACUUUCGCUAACGAGGUUCGCUAUGAGACCAUGGAUGAAGAUGCUCCUGCUUUUGAGAAAAUCGCUUUGGAAAAGGAGGAUGUCGAUGAGUACACUCGUGCCCAUCUUGCCUACCUCUCUGGUGUCGUUGCAAAGUACCGUUUAAGAUUGGACGAUGUGAUCAAAAGCGCUCACCACUUGUCCAAGGGUUUGUUGCAGGACGAGAACGCCAAGUUGUCGAUCACAGCUACCACUUUCAAACAAUUCCGUCUCAGAGACCCAUAUGAAGAGACCUUCGAUGUUCCUGGAGGCAUUCCUCACAGUCAGUUCAACGACCGUAGAGGCGGCAAGGGUUUCAAGAAUAACAACAAAAGCUACAAUCGUUUCGACAAUCGCAGCAAACACAGAGGUUACGACGGCAAUAGCUUCAGCAACCGCAACAGGUAUGGCGACCGUGACCUGGACAGCAUCUUUGACAAACGCAGAAAUGACCGUCACUCGAAACGGACUUUCAAUUCGAGAUAUUAG